AUGUUACGAAUUUUGAUAUAUAGUAUUUUUGUUACUAGAAUUGUAGAUUGUAUCAAUUGUUUUGAAUGCACUUCAUCACAAGGUGUUGAAUGCAAAUAUUCAGCAGCUUCUUGUCAAUAUGGUUUAUUUGGAUGUGUUAAAAUUGCAGUUAUGUCAGGAGGUGUCGAUAAAAGUGAGUUGUGAAAUAUUUAUGAAAUGAUAUUGAGAAAAAAUAAUGUUUUUAACUAAUCAUGUUGAUUAUAAAAAAUUAAUACUAAAAAAUGUUACGAAAUUUCAAAAAAAAAAUUGGGAAAACUUUGAUAGUUGUUAGUUAUUCUGUUUUUUUGGAGUUCCAGAAAUCAACUUUCUUUUGAGAGUUUCUGAUAUCCCAAUUAGUCUUCAAGAAAAUUGGAAGCGUUUUGGGUUUUUAGUAGCACAUUUAGACUAUUUUUUAAAUUCCAACAAAUCCCAGUUUCUCAAGCUUUGUAUCUUUGUACUUUCAUGAUGUAGCAAUAAAUCAGAACAUGUUUACCAAGUCUAUAAAUCCUUGCAAAGUUUCAAACAUGUUCUCUUUCUCAGAAACAACCAUAGGAUUAGAAGUUUUUGGUAACACAUUUCAAUAAUCCCUGCUCUUUUGUCUCAAACAAACAUUCGCCGAUUUUCUCCAUGAUAUCAUUUUAUUUAUUUAUUCACCAAUUAUAUUUGUUCUAACCCAAUUCACAGUACUUUCACACAAUGAUUUUUUUUGAGAAAGGAAAAAAACCUAAAAUUAUAUUGGCGGCUUGAAAACUAAUAAUAAUAUGUUUGUGAACGAAAAUGUAUUACAAUUGUUGUCAGGCAACCAUUUUUCAGCAGAACAGACAGGGCUGAAUGAAUUUCUGACGAAAAAGUACAGAAGAAUCCGGAGAAUCGUAUAUUCCUGAUAAAAAAUUACUAUUUUCAGAACUAGUAAAUAACGCAAAUUCCAAAAAUAAUUAUUUUUCCCAAAAGGUGCCUGAUGAGGUAAUUGUGCCAAUUUCUUUGGAAAAAGCAAAUCGCACAAAUCUGAUUUUCACAAAUUAGGUUCAACCUUUUCAAAAGAAGAAUCAAACAGCAAAAAAUUUCCAGUCUGAUGAAACAUAAUCCGAUAACUAACAUGAUUAUAUUGAAAGAGCACGUUUAUUCCCUAGAAUCGUUCAAUUUUCAAAUGUUUGUUUCCUACGUAGAUAUAUACUUCAAAAAGAGUCUGUUUCCUGCAAGAAAUAAUCACAUCAUAAUCGAACUCCAAAGACCAAUAAAGUCUACGUUCUAGUUUCAAUUUUAUUCCGAAGAAAAUUCAUUUGGAAUUCCAUUUUUUUUUCGUUUCAUGUUGGUCGGAAUCGGUAGUCUCAUAAAGUUUUUUAAUUAGUUUGAUGAAAAAUGCGGGGUUGGUUUAUGUAAAUAUUUAUUCGGAAACAUUUGCAAAAAUGUUCGUUAUUGGGAUAAAACUUGGGUGGUCUUGGGUCUUGGGUCACGGACGUUUUUAUCCAGGAAGUGAAUGGGAUAAGAGACAGGAAUUAGCUAACAAUAUAGGUAGAACUCAAGAAUAUUAUCUGAAAAUACGGAUUUUUCACCCCAUGUUUCGGAUACUGAACGAAUUCACAAACAGGAGAAUUUUGAGAACCUUUCUGAAAAUAUAUUUAUAAUUUUUUUGGAUAAUUUAUUUUCAGAACCUGAACAUUCAAAAAAGGUUUGAAGAUGUUCAAAGUCUUUCCACAAGUUUCUUGAAUUUUCAAAUUUUCUCAACCAUAGAAAAAACUAUACGAAAUAUUGUUCAUUUAAAUUCCAAAAAAAAUUUGAAUAGUGUUCCAAAGAACAUUGCUUCCAGAAAAACAAUCCAACAAUAGUAAUUCCCCAAUUUUCUACAUCACCCUUAUAUCAAAAACAAUAAAGCUCGUUAUAAAUGUCUUGUCUAGAAAAACCGUUUGUGAUUCGAACCAAGAUCAUAUUUUUCACCUAGGGGGUCUUUUUGGAUAAAAAGUUUCAUAACAUUUUUUUCCGUUGAUAGCGGGUUUCUAACUUUAAGUUUAUAACUUUUGGUUAGCAGCAAACCACAAACAUAAAUCUGAAAUAUUCUAUAAUUAAAUAUCACAUCAUAAUUUACAGAUGACUAGACUUUACUUUUGGAACAAAAACCUUGAAAAUACUUCCGUUUUCCCCAAAUGUUCUAAACAAAAAAGCUCUGUUUUCAGUGGGCAUGUUUUACGAACAAGAUCGAAGUAUCAUUUCAAUGAUGCGAGGAUGUGCUCUUAUCCCAUUUGGAGGUUAGUAAAAUUUCAUAAAUAUUCAUAAGAGUUUCAUUCAUGUUUUUUGUAAUCUUUUUUCUGCAACCUUCAAACUUCAAUGUUUUUUUCAGGCGUCGACAUGUGCGAGCAGACAUCAUUAUUCGGAACAAGAGUUCUCAAGUGUACUUGUUUCAAUGAUUAUUGUAACUUUGUGAACUCUUCCAAGCUUUGUAUCUUGUUAUUUUUGUUACCAAUUUGGUUGUUUAUCUGGAACUUUUGA